AUGAGGGCGACAGGCAGCGCACCCCUGCGGCUUCCUCUCCUUCCAUGCUCCUCAGGAAGAUCUCGCGCGAAGGCGGGCAACGGCGUGAGCCUUUUCAGGCGCCUGCCUCUCCUCGCGAAGAGCGAGACGAAGGCGGAGAAGAAAUUCCUCGCCGCAGCUCUCCCGCUUUCUCGCUCUUUUGUCGCCAGUCGAGAGAAAACGCAUUUUUCCUCCGCUUCCGCAGACAGGCGAGCUGUCCGCCGCCUUGAGGCCGCCUCCAAUCCCGCAAAGUCCCGGUGGAGCGCGAGGCCCGACCCAGUAGUCUCGUCUCUCUCUUCAUCUCUCUGUCCCUCUUCUGCUUCUUGCGCGUCUCCGCCUUCGCUUCCGCUUCCCGCGCGCACGCCUUCUUCUCACUCGUUCUCUAGCUUCUCCACUUGUCUCGUGUCCUCUCGCGCGAAGCUGCGCGGAGAGGUUCAGCAUCGCGCGUUUGCCUCAAUCGCGUUUUCCUCCUCGCCCGCGCCUGCUCAAGCCUCCUCAGGCUACAGCGCCCGUGCAGAAGGCAACCGCGAAGCGGCAGCUGCGCAACUGCCGCUGUCUCGCGGAGGGCGCCAAUCUCAGCGCAUGGAGCGUCUGAUUGCCUCCUAUUCUUCUCUCUUUUCCUCUGCGGGAGAUUCUGCCGGCAGCGAGGCCGUCGACCCCCUGCCGCCCUUCAGUGCGUGCGCGCGCGCGCAGCGCUCGGGGGCAGAGCGGCGCGCGGCGGCGGCGGCGGCUCAUGUCAGCGCGCUGUCUUCUCAUCGGAAACCAGCUGCUGCGUCUUCUCGCGCGGUUUCCGCCUCCGCGGGAGGCGGGGCGAGUUCGGCUGCGUUCGCUGCCUCGGCGGCCGCCUCUGCAGGUGUCGCCGCAUCCGCCGCAGUGAACGCGCGGAAUGAGCAGCGGCGCCAGGCUCUCAGAUCGUUCAUCUCGCGGCUCGAUGAACUUUUCCACCUCACGCAUCAGCACUGGCUGCCUGCGCAGGCCGGUGCGCCGCUGGGAGCUAAGCGCGACAGGCGCCGCAGUGGAGGAAAAGAGGCGGAGGCCGAGGCGAGUAGGCGGCGACUGGAGCCAGACAGCGCGCACGCGUCCGCUCGCUGCGAGGCCUUGAGUGCACAGGAGGCGCUGUUCGCUGCGUGCCGCCUCGCCUCCACGCGGGGGGACUUUCAGUGGUGUCUGCAAGGCCUCAACAUCCUGACGAACUUUGGCCGCCUGCGACCGGACUGGGAGCUCUCGAACAGGCUCUUCGCUCUCGCCCUCCACUGCCAGCGCCGCGACCAGGCUGAGGAGCUGCUGCACAUGUUUCCGCAUUUCCUUUCUUCCCCGCCCUCUUCGAGCCUUCUCUUUGCCUUGAUUGACGAGGCCUUCGCCGCAGGAAGGCCGCAAGAUGUCCGCCGAAUCGUCUGCGCCAUGCGCGAACAAUGGCAGAUUCCAAUUCGGCCUUCUGUCUACGUCGCUGCCAUUCGCGCGAUGCUGCUGCUCCCCAUUCCGCAGGACCAGGCUCUGAGGGAGGCGCGUGUGAUCGCGGAGGACGCCGCGGCAAUGGGCGUCUCGUUGCCGCCGGUGGCGUAUCAGAUGCUCACUGAGCGGGCGCUAGCGCUCAUCGAGUCUCGUCUCGCUCAAGUCGACGCCGACCGCGGGUCGCUAGCCUCUCCAGAGGCGGAGACGCACGGCGGAGAAGACGACGAAGGCGCCCAGGUCGCCGCCUACCCAACUGAGGAGCUUCUGGAAUUAGCAUGGCAGAUGCAUGCUCGCGCGUGUGCUGACCAGGCCCGCGAGGCUUCCCGCCGCAGACAACCGGUGUGUUUUUCACCUGACUUCGCCUCCUCGUCUGGGUCGCUUUCGGCUUGGCUUGGGUCGCCUGCGGCGCUGAACGAGAGCUUUGUUUGGCGGCGCGAAAGCCCCGAGCUCCUCAUGCAGGCAGGUUGGCUCUUCUGGGCGGCUGAGCGGUGCCGCGCCCGCGGCGCGGGAGUCGCGUCGCAGAGUCGAGAGUCAGCGACUGCAGACGCUGAGGCGAAGGGCGACGCGGGCUCGUGGCUCACCUGGAUUCGCCGCGCGUGCGCUAGGAGCCUCGAAGACGCCGUUGGAGGUGACUGGAAUCCUAGCUCCAUUCAUCGUUCGAUUCCUCCGGCGUUUUUAUCUGCACUCGUUCGCGCGGGUCAAGGCUGCAAGUCUGCGGCUGCAGCUUCCGCGGAAGGGGCUGAGGAGGCGCGUGUCGCAAGUCAGAGCCGAAGAUCUCGCUUGCGAGAAACGCGAGACGCAGCUGAGGCGCUGCAUGCGUUUCAGCACUCCGCAUUCGCUGGCAGUCUGCCGCCACUGGCAGUACUCGCUGCGCUUUCUCGACCGCGGACUCUGGCGAGCAAGUCCGGUUGA